UUUUGAAAGCGUUUUCUUGUGCCGAGUUGAGCAUGGCGGAAUUGGACAUUGGGAAGCAUUGCGAGACCGCGGACUGUGGGCAGAAAGACUUUCUGCCGUUUGUGUGUGACAGCUGCUCUGGAGUGUUUUGCCUUGAACACAGAAGCAGAGACUCACAUGCUUGUCCAGAGGUUCCAGUGAGAAAGGAAGUCUGUGGAUCAGGGAGCAGAACGUCAUACGCUUGCACUUUUGAGAACUGCAAAGGCCGAGAGCUGCUACCUGUUAUCUGUCCACAGUGUCAGAAGCACUUCUGCCUCGCUCAUCGUCAUCAGGAUGACCAUAAGUGUGAGAAGCUGGAGACGCCCAAGCCUCGAAUGGUGGCAACACAAGAACUUGUGCAAAAGAUAGUAGAUUCAAAGAAGAGCGUACUGAUGAGUAAAGGCAGAAAAGGGGCGAAGAACAGUGCUACUGCUGCUAAGGUUGCUCUUAUGAAGUUAAAGCUGCACGCCUCUGGAGACAAAGGACUGCCACAGACAGAGCGGACAUACUUCCAGGUGUUUCUGCCGAAAGAGGCUGCCGCCUCCAGUCAGCCCAUGUUCUUCAGUUCCAAAUGGAGUGUGGGUAAAGUGGUGGAUUUUGCUGCAUCUCAGGCCAGCCUGAAGAACAACAACAACGUUCUGACAGCCAGGAAACUGCGCCUGUGUCAUCCAGAAACUGGUGAGGCCCUGAAAAUGGAUGCCAGUCUUCAGUCGCUGCUCUCCCUCCCGGACUCUCCUCUCUUCAACGGGGGCAACGUCAUCUUGGAGUAUCUGGAUAACGAAAGCGCUGGAGUUGACGACGUGACUGCGUACAUCCCGUCGUCUUGAUCCAGUGAGAUCAGCCUAAUUCUUCACCUGUAAGGAUGAGGAUCUGGAUCCGACCCGGACUGCCCGAGUGAGAGUGUCACGCUUCAGACGCCGAUGGCCAGAUUUACCCAGCUGAGUAGAGAAUGUGCUGGUAGUCCUUCAGAGGUUAUACCUGAGAAGUCCUCUGACCGAGCGUCCUCUUAUUUUUGACUGGACUGCCACACUAAAAUGAGCUUUCUCGAUUUAAAAAAUAAUAAAAUUGAACAUUUAAUUUAUAUCAUUGACUUCCUAUGAGUCUGUCUGUUGUGGAUCUGAGGACAUAGAAUGGAUUUGUAUUGAUUUGUUGUAGAUUAUACAAACAAUAUACAAACAAUAUAUAUAAUCUCACUGU